AUCUCUCUUAUCUUUUUGUCUCGGGUAAGAAACAGUAUGCCGUCGUCAAGCAUAAACGCGUCUGAGUCCACGAUGAAGAAAGGAACAAAACGAAAAAUCGAAAUCAAGAAACGAGAAACCAAACAGCAACGAGCGGUGGCUUGCUCUAAACGCCGUCAAACUCUGUUUUCGAAAGCGGCCGAUCUCUGUCAUCUCUCCGGAGCCAACAUCGCCGUCUUUGUAACUUCUCCCUCAGAGAUCUCCGACGUUGUUUACUCCUUCUCCGGAUACUCUCCUGCCCAAGAGAUCGCUGAUUGUUACCUAAACCGCAAGCCACCUCCUAAGAUUGAUGUUAAAUCCCAGUCGACGAAGCUAGGGUUUUGGUGGGAAGACCCUGAUCUAUACAAUUCUUGUGAUGAUCUCUCUGAGUUAAACAUCCUCGAGGAUCGUGUAGAGAGAGUGAAGAAGCAUGUGUUGGCUUGCCUUGAGAAGAAAGAAAAGUCGCAAUCUGUUGUUUCCAACACCGAACAAAACCCUAUCACUGACGAGGAUUGUGAUCGAGGUUUUGAUCUAAACUCUAGCCCUUCUACAUAGGAUCUUCUUAUUCUCUCUCUCUUAAAUUCUUUUGUAAUAUUGAGUUUCUCUUAAAUCCAACAUUUAACAAAAAAACAUUUAACCCUUUAUAUCUAUUAUGAGCCAGGGCUCAUCUAUGUAAUUAACAUAAACAUAUUGUAUAUUUGGGUUAUUUCCAUACUUUGGUAUUAGGUUAAA